UCUCACUUCCCUAUUCGUCAGGAUUAUAAGAAUCUCCGUCAGUCUCUGUUUCUGACCAGCUAGGAAAAUGGACACGGUAAUUUCCCUCCUUGUUCUUUCAACACUACUGCAGCUCGUAGCAGCUGAAGUUGCCAGCGUGACCUCAUUGAGAGCUGUGGUGGAGAUCACGUCUGGGGAUUCAAGGAUCUUCUCUGGAGAGAGUGUGCGGCUGAAAUGCAGCGUUCCUGAUGUCCAUCGGUCCGACUGGAAAUACCUGUGGUUCAGAGGAUCCGAUCGCCUCCCACAGAUUGAGGAGCACCUCGUUAUAUGGAAAAGCAAGGUUAAACAUAGUGGGAAAUAUCACUGCCAGGGUGUGAGGAAUACAGUGGUCAGAAACAUCCACACCCUCAAAAGUCUGCCUUUGGAGAUCAAUGUUGAUGGAGGGUGGGUUAUCCUGCAAGUCCCCCCACAUCCUGGCCUCGUCGGAGAGACCUUGGAGGUCACGUGUCGACUGCGAGUCAAAGCCAAACUUCCCGAGGUGAUUCUAUACAAAGAUGGCGUUGAAGUUAUGAGACAAAUUGGCAUCAACCCACAAAUCUACCUGACCAACGUGACCCUCGAGGACCAAGGAAUGUACUCUUGUAGGGCUUCCUGGGACGCAGAUGGGCGCACACACUCUGCAAUUUCAGUUGAGGCUUCAGUUCAGGUCGCAGAGGUUCUGUCGCAGCCACUUUUGGAGAUUGUUGCAGACAAUAACCUGUUUCCAGUCAAUUUCAUGAAGCUCAUCUGCCACCUACAAUACAACGCCCGUGCUCCCGCCCCCCCCAUACACUUCUAUUUCUACAAGAAUAAAAAACAAGUGGCCACGGCGAGCUCUGAGAAAAGUGUCACGGUGAAUCGUACUCCAGGCCAGUACAGCUGCAAGGCCAGGGUGCCCGAGUUGGGUAUCUCCCGGGAGAGCGAACUCAGAUCCUUUGGCCAAGUAACAGACCUGCGUCCUGCUGCUGAAACCACUGCAACCCGACCCUCCUCUCACCAAUCCGCCGCAACUCCUACUGUUUCUCACCCCACUGGAGUGAGCAUCCAAUCCUCGUAUCAACCUCAGCAGUCAGCAACAAGCAAUUUCCUAUCUACAGUCCCAUCUCCUAAUCAAACUGCGGCUGCUAUGGAAUCAGACGACACAUCUGGAGAAUCAGGCAACACGUCUGGAGGAUCAGGCGACACGUCUGGAGGAUCAGGCGACACAUCUGGAGAAUCAGGCGACAUGUCUGGAGGAUCAGGCGACACGUCUGGAGGAUCAGGCGACACGUCUGGAGAAUGAAGGCUUUUAAUACGAUUCUUUGUGUAAUAUUCAUUCAACAAAUUUCCUGUGUAAACUAACUGAAUCAGUACUGUUGGAGUUUAUUAACUACUGCCAUACUGGUUAAAUUAAAUAAAGUUUUCAGCAAAUGUA